UGCAAAGUUUGAUAAACAGUGGGUGGAUAUCUUUCACAUGCUAUAUCGUAAUGGUCACAUUGGUGCAUUUUUAAACCAAAAUGUCCCCGAAAGUAGCAAGAUGCAAAUCAACUUUAAGCUGUUGUUAGCUUUGUUACCCUCAUGAUCCUCCCGCCAUCCGCUUAUCGGGAACAUUCGCUGCAGUAUUUAAGCGCGUACAUGCUUCCGUCAUCACUGUAUAUAAAGUCAGAAGCGUUUCUCUCCUCGUUAUUCCUGCGGUCGGUUACAACCGGAACAAGGACGGUGGACAUCUAUCAACUUAACUUCAUCGCCAGACGACCAGCUAUAGAGGUUCAUACAGCACGCUUGUGCGUAACCUUUAGUUACAAGAUGAUUUUCUAUAUUGUGAUGGCUUUGCAUACCGGAAUCAUGGAGGCCUCAUUCGUUCCGGACACAACAAAUCAGCCAAAUGUGACAUUUAAAUACAUAAAAACAAACGAAUGUGCUUCAUUUCCUGAGACUACUUCUAUUGAGCAUAGUCGUGCAAUUUGUCCAUGGACUUCCACAAUCGACGACAAUAUACUUCGAAUUCCUCAACGGAUAAUUGUAACGGAUGAGACACAAGGACUACCUUCCAAAUGUAAUAGUAACAUGACGGGAAACUUUACAUGUGAAACUAUACGGAGAAGGAUGAAUGUGUUAUGGAAAACCAACUGCGAUGACGGGAAGUGUGUUCUAGAGGAGAGAACCAUUACGGUGUCAGUAGGUCUGACGUGUGUCCAGAGUGGCAAUGAGGAUGACAACGAACGGGACAAGAAAUGCCAUCGUAGUGUAAAACGCAGGAAGAAAAUAUGUAACAAACGAAUCAAUGAAUGCAAAGGAAAGCAGCGACGACGUGACAGAAGUAAUGUGAAAACCGAAUCAGAAAAUCCAUACAUGUUUGAACUGCAUGAACAGCGUAAUAAGAACUCAUAGGUUUACAUGGACAGAACUGGUAUUUCAAGCUUCGACACGACACUGAUAUAUUUCCAGCAACACUUCCGUUAGCUGUCCGGUGGUGUGGCCAGCGUUACUAUGGUUUACCGGAAGACGUUACCGAUGACUUUACUUGUGCUUAUGUGUUCCACGUUCAGAAGGGUAGACUUUGGAGAUAAGAAAACAAGCUACCUAAGGUUAACGGAGAGACUUCCUAUUGGAGCUACGUGUGUACGGAAAGGAGAAUAUAUAUGGAUGAUUCAUCUCGAUAUUUUUUUUAUUUUGUAAUACCAUCUUCCUAUUACCAUUAGUGUAACGAACUAUUAACAAAUACAAUAUAUAAUCUGUGCUUUGAUGUGUUAGUUACGAUGAGGAUGUAUUGGGGUUUAUGCAUCAUCAUAAAAAUACUAUAUACCGGAAAUUGGCGCUGGGUCAAACUUAUGUCCUUCACAUUUACUAUAUAUAUUAUGUUGUUAACGUGUAAUCGCUGUAAUAACUAAGAUCCCUUUAUAAACCACGUUAUAAGUGACAGUGAUUAACAGAGACUUGGUAGACGCAGCUCUUAGAAUAUCAACAAAUGUCCCAGAUCUGGAACUACGAUGAGUCUACUUGAUUGAGGUUAGGUUCAGUUAGACAAGACAGCGUGUCCUUUUGUAGGACUGAUGAAACAUAUGUAUUUACUAGAACACACAGACAUUACAUACGCAGAGCUCAGAGACCAGAUUGUGAGUUUUACCUUGAGGCUGAAACAGUUACCACCGAGGACCUGUCUCUCCAAAAUUCCUGUUGCGGCAGAAUAGCCUUCUUGGUAAUUGAAUAGAAUGGCUGAGGCAGCAAAACCAAGUGUUGACAAGGAUAAAAAUAAGGACAAACUGGACAAAAAAAAACUACGUGAACAGUUGUCUGAGUGGCAUAGUCAAGUGGUGCGCAGUUUUCCAAACGAAGAUGAAAGAGAAAGAGAAGAAUUGCUUAAUGAGCUGGAAGACAGCAUGCCUGCAAGGCUAUCUGAAGUCAAAGAAUGUCUGCGCAUGUUUCUGGAAAACGGAUCAGAUUUCGUCGACACUUAUAACCUAUUUCUUCAAGCCGAUGACAUGACAUUGGGAAUUAAAAAUGCUUCAAAUGGUGAUGGGAUAGACGCUGAUCAGUUGCAUCGACUGAAAAAGUUGCUGGAACAAUUGAAGGCGCUUCACCUACUUGAGUGUGGUCAGUCAAUAUCCUUCACAUUCUACGAACUUGGUCUGCGGAAAUAUCUUGUAGCCUUCUUUUCUAUGACAUUCUAUGAAAAGCAACAUCUUAAACAAUGA